CACACACAAUCCUGCCUAUAGCCACCAUGUCUCCUCAGCCUACCUUAGCCACCACCACCACGCCUGCUACUGGGCCUAACCCUUCCUAUUACCAAACAGCUCCUGUUAGCCAAGAGAGUAUCCAGCGAACGGAGGUUCUUCUCCACCUGUACGCCUACCAGCACACCCAAGGAAAACCAAAUGCUAACCAGACUGUCAUAGUGGAUCCAAAGCUCCCCGCGUGUUUCGGUGCCCUUGCUGCUAAUGACUGGACCAUAUAUGAUGGCACUUGCACCAAUGCAAACCUUGUUGCGCACGCUCAAGGUUUGCACAUUGGUGCUGGUAUGACCAAAGAAAAUUGGUUCAUUUGUUUCAACAUGGUGUUUGUGGACCGAAGGUUUAUGGGUUCCAGCUUCAAGGUGAUGGGAGAUUUUCGAGGAAACGAAGGUGAAUGGGCAAUUGUUGGUGGGACGGGAGAGUUUGCAUAUGCACAAGGUGUCAUAACCUUUAACAAGACCUGGUCGGCCCAGGCAAAUGUCAGGGAGCUUCAUGUUCGUGCUUUGUGUCUGUCCUUCUCAAAAGCACCGGAAACACCGUGCUCAAGGACACCACGGCAGAGCUCUGUCACCAAGAUCGGCCCAUGGGGUAAAAUAAGUGGAGAAUUUCUUGACGUUCCCACGACACCACAACGUCUAGAGUGUGUGACCAUUCGCCAUGGAGUUGUCAUUGAUUCACUUGCAUUUUCCUUCGUCGACCAAGCUGGUGGACAACAUAACGUUGGCCCAUGGGGUGGGCCAUGCGGGGACAACAAGGACACGAUUAAACUUGGUCCAUCGGAGAUUGUGACAGAAGUCUCUGGAACGAUUGGUGUAUUUGGAGCAGCCAAUGUCGAGUACAAUGCCAUAACAUCACUAACCAUUACCACAAAUGUCCGCACGUACGGGCCCUUUGGAGAACCGCAGUGUACUCGUUUCAGUGUUCCCGUGCAGGACAAAAGCAGCAUCGUGGGUUUCUUCGUGUGCGCUAGGAAAUACGUGGAGGCGCUCGGGGUUUACGUGUGUCCACCUAUUUCAAACUAGUCCCGAAGUGCUUCACACUCGGUGUGCCUUCCACCUUUCUAUGUUGUGCCAAUAAAGUAGGUUAUAUACUUUUGGUGUAAUGCUAUGCCCCCCCCCCCAAGUGUGAUGGUUUUCAUAUCAGCAAGAAGUUUCUCUUGCUACUAUAUGCAAAAUAAGGUUGUGUCUUUGUCGAGGUAAAUUUUACCACGCUUGCCAUAUUGUACUUUAUUGGAAAAAUAAAUAAUGAGGCAGAGGCAUGCAAAUAUUUUUAUGAUAAA